AUGGCUUGUAUUCGACGACGAAGAAAAGCUGGCCCGGAGGCCGUGAUCGCGGCAGCCCUGUCUAAAGGGCUGUCGGACCGGUCGACGAUCGAUGCAAAACCGGUCUGGCGAAAGCUGAGACCAAAGACAAAGGCGCUGUAUAGGCAAGAGUUACAGUUGUGGGAAGCCAUUAUGUCGAGACGAUCUGGCUGGGCAUCGAAGGGCUGCUUGACCAAGAGAAAGGACUGGCGACGCCGCGGACGAUGCGAAUCAAGACGCGCCGUUUUGGCAAUGCCUGAGAGCGCAAGCACGACACGCGGAUCUCCGACGACGUCAAAUACUCGAUGGCUCCAACAGUUCAUCGAAGGCGAGCUUAAAGACAAGGUUGGAGCGCGCAACCUAAAGCGGCCGGUGACGUUUUUGACGAUCCAAAACUACGACCACAUGCAAGAGUUUCUUUGGCUGCCGGACUGCCAUGCCUACGUGCACGAGGGCGAGCGCGUCGACAAUGCAAACUUGUUAAAUACGCACUGCUUUACCUCUGCUCGACUCCAGGAGGUGUGCCAAGCCCGGUAUCAGGACCUAAAAGUGUUGGUGGCCUGGAAACUCGGCAUCGCCUCGGCUUCCGCCGCGAGUACUGCAAGGGGAUGGACGAAAAACAGUCGAACAACAAGAUAA